CCAAAAGUGAUUUCCUCCAUUCAAUUCAACUAGGAGCACUCAAGUCCAUUCUUUUUUCGUCUCAUAACCUUAAAGACCGUAGCUCGACAUAAAACGCAACCACUACACAGCAAAGGCGUACUUUUAGGUCAACAACCAACGUCGCAAGCGCUUCAUCAACACAAUGGUCUUCAGAGUCUACCUACUCGCCGUUAAGGCGCCCUCUAUCUCCCUCGAGGAAUUCAAGGAGCAAUGGGACGUUCACCACAUCAAUCUGCUGAAGGAGAUUGCCGGCGAUGACUACCCUCAAAAUCACUCUCACCAAUAUCCAAAACAAGCUAAAGGCCCGGCGGACGCUAAAUACGAUGGAAUCGGAUUUUUGGAGUUCAAGGACAAGGCGGCAUUUUUGAAGCUCAGGGAAAUUACUGGGACUCCGGAGAACAAGGCGAAGCUCGAAGCGCACGAUAAGACGUUUUUGGACAUGGAAAAGAUCCAGAUGUACAUAGUAGAUGAUGAAGAAUGAUGAACAUGUGUAUACCGUCACUGGGUGACAAAACUGAGCAUCUUAGCUUCACAUCAUACACUUAUUCACUUCUCUCGCAUCUUCGAUUCCAAUAACUAAGUAAUACAUCC